CAAUGUUUAUAAAAAUACUUUUCUAAUUUAUAGCUGAUUAUAGUUCAAUUCAAUAUUAUAAUAUCAACAAGAAUCUAUGUCGUCUCCACCACCAGUGAAUUCGAAUCCUAACGAAACAUCGAACGUUAGAGGAUCUGAAUCACUCUCACAAUCGCAACCAGCAGUUCCAUCAUCACCAUUAUUCUUUGCUACAUCUUCCAAUCCCCCUUCAGACAUUGGAAACUCACAAUCUCAAAUUAGAGAUGUAUCAUCACCAUUACAUUAUACUUCAUCAGCUCAUCCUACUUCUGAACUUGGAUCUGGUAGAUCCAGACCAGAUAGAUUAACUAGUGAAGUUGAUAGGAUUGUUAGAAGAAACCAAAGAAGUGAUUUACACGAUGCUACUUCUUCUCCAAUGAGAAGAAGAAUCUUCACUGAAUCUUCAAGUCAAAGACGAGAACCAAAUUUAUCAUCUUCAUCAAGAAUUGAUACUGACGGUGUUGAAGGUGAUGAACCAGUGAGAGUUAUUUGGGGAACAAAUGUUUCUAUCCAAGAUUGUAGUAAUGCCUUCAGAGAUUUCUUAUUAUCAUUUAAAUACAAAUAUAGAAAGUUGAUGGAUGAAAGAGAAAUCGAUCCUGAAGAUAAUGAAUUGUAUUACGUUUACCAAUUGAAUAAUUUACGUGAUCUUGGUUUAACUAAUCUUAACUUAGAUGCUAGAAAUUUAUUAGCUUAUACACCAACUAGAAAAUUAUAUCAUCAAUUAAUCAACUAUCCACAAGAAGUAAUUCCAAUUAUGGAUCAAACCAUUAAGGAUUGUUUGAUUCAAAUUGUGAAUGAUGCUAAUGAAUUUUCUGAUGAUAUUCAAGGUAGUCUUGAUGCUAUUGAAACCAAUGUUUAUACCAUUCGUCCAUUCAAUAUUAAUUAUGCUCAAAAGGGUUUAAGAGAAUUAAAUCCAAAUGAUAUUGAUAAAUUGGUCAGUGUUAAAGGUUUAGUUAUCAGGGCUACUUCUAUUAUUCCAGAUAUGAAAGUUGCCUUCUUCAAAUGUUAUGCCUGUGAUCAUACUGUGGCAGUUGAAAUUGAUAGAGGUGUUAUUUCAGAACCUACUAAAUGUCCUAGAGAAGUUUGUGGUCAAACAAACUCUAUGCAACUUGUUCAUAAUAGAUCAUCAUUUGCUGAUAAACAAGUUAUAAAGUUACAAGAAACUCCUGAUUUAGUUCCUGAUGGUCAAACUCCACAUUCGAUUAAUUUAUGUGUCUAUGAUGAAUUAGUUGAUUGUUGUAGAGCAGGGGAUAGAAUUGAAGUGUGUGGUAUCUUUAGAUCAUUGCCAGUGAGAGCUAAUCCAAGACAAAGAGCCAUUAAAAGUUUGUAUAAGACCUAUUUGGAUGUGGUUCAUGUGAAGAAGAUUGACAAGAAAAGAAUGGCUGCUGAUGCUUCAACUUUAGAACAAGAAAUUACUAAUAGAGAGCAAGAUGUGGAACAAUUAAGAAAACUUACUACUGAAGAAAUUGAAAGAGUUAAAUCUAUUUCCCAACGUGAUGAUUUAUAUGAAGUUCUUGCUAGAUCCUUAGCUCCUUCCGUUUAUGAAAUGGAUGAUGUUAAAAAGGGUAUUUUAUUACAAUUAUUUGGUGGUACCAACAAAACUUUCAAGAAAGGUGGUAGAUAUAGAGGGGAUAUUAAUAUCUUAUUAUGUGGUGACCCAUCUACUUCAAAGUCUCAAAUUUUAAAUUAUGUUCAUAAGAUUGCUCCAAGAGGAGUAUAUACAUCUGGUAAGGGUUCAUCUGCAGUUGGUCUUACUGCUUAUAUUACAAGAGAUAUUGAUACUAAACAAUUGGUGUUAGAAAGUGGUGCUUUGGUCUUAUCUGAUGGUGGUGUCUGUUGUAUUGAUGAAUUUGAUAAAAUGAGUGAUUCUACUAGAUCCGUUUUACAUGAAGUUAUGGAACAACAAACUAUUUCUAUUGCCAAAGCUGGUAUUAUCACUACUUUAAAUGCCAGAACUUCAAUCUUAGCAUCUGCUAAUCCAAUUAAUUCCAGAUAUGAUCCUAAUUUACCUGUUACUGCUAAUAUUGAUUUACCACCACCUUUACUUUCAAGAUUUGAUUUAGUUUACUUGAUUUUAGAUAAAGUUGAUGAAAAUCUUGAUAGACAAUUGGCUAGACAUUUAACUGAUAUGUAUCUUGAAGAUGCUCCCGAUGUGGUUACCAAUAAUUUCGUUAUCCCUGUUGAUUUAUUAACUCUUUACAUUCAAUAUGCUAAAGAAAACUAUCAUCCUACAAUGACUCUUGAAGGUAAAAAUGAAUUAGUUAGAGCAUAUGUUGAAAUGAGAAAGUUAGGUGAUGAAACUAGAGCUUCUGAAAAGAGAGUUACUGCUACUACUAGACAAUUAGAAUCAAUGAUUAGAUUAUCUGAAGCUCAUGCUAAGAUGAGAUUAUCUGAGACUGUUGAAUUGAUUGAUGUUAAAGAAGCGGUUAGAUUAAUCAAAUCUGCUAUUAAAGAAUAUGCUACUGAUCCAAUUACUGGUAAGAUUGAUAUGGAUAUGAUUCAAACUGGUACAACCUCUGCUCAAAGAAGAGUUCAAGAAGAUUUAACUUCUGAAAUUAUGAAAAUCAUUGAUGAAAAUAAUAACUUGAUAAGGUUCAAUGAUUUAGCACUCAAACUUAAUGAAAGAUCCACUAUUAGAGUAGAAAAUCAUGAUAUAAAUGAAGGUAUUAAGAGAUUACAACAGGAAGGUAAAAUCAUAGAAACUGGUGAUAAUCAUAGAAGAACCAUCAGAAAGAUUGCUAUAGUGUGAGUAAUUUCUAAAAUAGAUACUAAACCCCCUCUUUACUUCAUGUGUGUAUUAUUGU